GUUGGGUACACAACCACCAAAGAACUGUUGCAAAUCGACACCACCUCUAUUGAAUAUGUCUCGACGGUAUCCACGGACACUACGACUACUCUACCGACUAACACCGUAACGAGCACAUCCGUCACGGCGUACUCCACCACUAACAUCGUGACCACGACUACUUUCACCACUACGUCGACGGCUAGCCAAACAGUCCCUGUCACCACGACCACUGUGGUCGUCGAUUUCCAUUAUUCGCUCGUCUCCGGCCCGUUGGAUGGAUGUGCCAUUCUCGUAGCUCUUGGAUCGACCAAACCGGCUCGAACAUGCCCGCCGGAGCCACCCACGCCGACCGCGUCGCCUUCUGCGCCGCGUGGUGCGAUACCGUAGCCAACUGCAAGACGUUUGGCAUGAACGACUUCCCGCCGUGCGGGCCAAACGGGGACUACGUCUACUGCCUCGCCUCGGCGAAUACCUGGGUCGCUGGCAAGCUGCAGUGCGGCAUUGGCACGGGUUGGAACGGGUGUCCUACGUACCGGGAUGGAACGGUGUAUCAACGGAUUUGAUUCGAGAAGGUAGGGUGGAUUGGGGGGCAAUGAUUUCUAGUUAAGACUGGGUACUUAGCUAGAGGUUCAGGAUUGAGAGAAUGAGUUGGCGACAAUCAGAUGGAGAGGUAGGGAGGCAGCCAGGAGAUGAAAGUUACCGCCCGGGCCUGACACUUGUUGGUCAUACCUAGGAGGCUAUAAUUCUAGUACAUUUAUUCGACGACG